AUGAUCGCAGACGGAGCAGAGGAUGAAGAGAAAUGGCUCGCCGCCGGUGCUGCGGCUUUCAAGCAGAACGCAUUCUACAUGCAACGCGCUAUUGACUCGAAUAAUCUGAAAGAUGCUCUCAAGUAUUCGGCUCAGAUGCUUGGCGAGUUGAGGACUUCGAAGCUUUCACCUCACAAGUACUAUGAUCUCUAUAUGCGAGCUUUUGAUGAGUUGAGGAAACUUGAAAUUUUCUUCAUGGAAGAAACUAGGCGUGGCUGCUCAGUGAUUGAACUCUAUGAGCUGGUUCAGCAUGCUGGCAACAUAUUACCACGUUUAUAUCUCCUAUGUACAGCAGGAUCCGUGUAUAUCAAAACCAAGGAAGCUCCUGCCAAGGACAUUCUUAAAGAUCUUGUUGAGAUGUGCCGUGGGAUUCAGCAUCCUCUACGUGGUCUCUUCUUGAGAAGUUACCUUGCGCAAGUUAGUCGAGAUAAAUUACCUGACAUUGGUUCUGAGUAUGAAGGAGAUGCUGAUACAGUCACAGAUGCUGUUGAGUUUGUACUACUGAACUUUACUGAGAUGAAUAAACUCUGGGUCAGAAUGCAACACCAGGUGAGUCAUGAUUUGUGUUGUAUUGCUUGUGAAUCAUUACCCUUUGAUGAUCCUGAGUUGAGGCUUGCUGUCGGGCUUUCUGGUCUGCAGGGACCUGCUCGCGAAAAGGAGAGACGGGAAAGAGAGAGGAGCGAGCUUCGUGACCUUGUUGGCAAGAAUCUUCAUGUGCUGAGUCAGUUAGAAGGUGUGGACCUUGAUAUGUACAGAGAUACAGUUCUUCCUAGAGUCUUAGAGCAGAUAGUGAACUGCAGAGAUGAGAUUGCCCAAAUUUACCUAGUGGACUGUAUCAUUCAAGUUUUUCCUGACGAGUAUCACUUGCAGACUCUUGAUGUACUUCUUGGGGCUUGUCCACAACUUCAGCCAUCAAUUGACAUCAUGACAGUGCUUUCACGUUUAAUGGAGAGGCUGUCAAGUUAUGCUGCCUUAAAUGUUGAAGUAUUACCUUAUUUCCUGCAAGUGGAAGCUUUCUCAAAGCUGAAUAAUGCAAUUGGAAAGGUGAUAGAAGCACAAGAAGACAUGCCAAUUCUGAGUGCAGUAACCCUAUAUUCCUCGCUUCUCAAGUUCACUCUCCAUGUUCACCCUGAUCGGCUUGAUUAUGCGGACCAAGUGUUGGGAUCAUGUAUCAAGCAACUGUCCGGAAAAGGAAAGAUUGAUGACUCCCGCGCAACAAAGGAGAUUGUCACCCUCUUAAGUGCUCCCCUAGAGAAGUACAAUGAUGUUGUCACCGCCCUUAAACUAACAAAUUAUCCCCUUGUAAUGGAGUACCUUGAUAAUGAGACAAAGAGAAUAAUGGCUACUGUUAUAAUUCGAAGCAUUAUGAAAAACAAUACCCUUAUUGCUACAGCAGAGAAGGUUGAAGCACUGCUUGAACUGAUCGGAGGACUUAUCAACGAUCCGGAUGAGUCGCAAGGUGUUGAGGUUGACGAAGAUGAUUUUGAGGAGGGGCAGAAUUCUGUUGCGCGUCUCAUUCACAUGUUAUAUAAUGAUGACCCAGAAGAGAUGUUUAAGAUAAUCAGUAUCCUGAAGAAUCAUUUCCUGACUGGAGGGCCAAAGCGCUUAAAGUUCACCGUUCCUCCCCUUGUAGUUUCUGCUCUAAAGCUAAUCAGGCGAUUGCCAGUGGAAGGUGACAAUCCUUUUGGAAAAGAGGCUUCGGUAUCUGCUACUAAAAUCUUCCAAUUUCUAAAUCAGGCAAUUAAACUUGGCCAAAUUCCACUGGUAUUGAACCAACUCUGUUACAGUCUUCGAUUCUUGUCUUUAUCUGUUGGAGCUUUUUGCUUGUUGCAGAUUAUCGAAGCACUUCCUAAUGUUCCAUCACCUGACUUGGCAUUCCGGUUGUACUUGCAAUGUGCUGAGGCUGCGAAUAAGUGUGAUGAAGAGCCAAUAGCAUACGAAUUUUUCACCCAGGCAUACAUCUUAUACGAAGAAGAAAUUUCGGACUCAAAGGCCCAAGUUACCGCUUUACAACUUAUAAUUGGAACUCUGCAAAGGAUGCACGUAUUUGGUGUUGAGAAUAGAGAUACUUUGACACACAAGGCUAUGGGGUAUUCAUCGAAACUUCUAAAGAAACCUGACCAAUGUCGAGCUGUUUAUGGAUGUUCUCAUCUGUUCUGGCUCGAGGAUCAUGAAGCAAUACAAGAUGGAGAGAGGGUUCUGCUUUGUCUCAAACGAGCGCUUAAAAUUGCAAAUUCUGCUCAACAAAUGAUCAGCACAGCUCAGGGUAGUAGUACAGUAUCAGUUACCCUCUUCAUCGAGAUGCUAAACAAGUACCUCUAUUUCUAUGAGAAAGGGAUUCCACAGAUAACAGUUGAAUCAGUCGAGAGCUUGAUCAAACUGAUCAAGAACGAAGAACCGAUGGCGUCUGAUCCAUCUGCUGAAUCGUUCUUUGCAAGUACGCUUCGGUUCAUGGAGUUCCAAAAGCAGAAAGGCGGUGCCAUUGGUGACAGAUACGAGGAGAUCAAAGUAUAG